UAUAGACCAUACACUGUAACUGUGUUGCUGUAAUAUCUCUUCACUCCUGUUUGAAAACGCCGUGUAAAAUACAUGAGCAACUGUUUCUCACUGAGGUGGUAUGAUCCCCCCCCUUCCUAUUCGCAUCAAAUAUGUAGCCAUAACCCUCCGUUGUAAAUAAACGAACAGUUGCAAUAGAACAAACAAGUAUUGUGAGCACAAUGAAGUCCGUGAUAUUUGUCAGCAGUUCUUCUAAAAGCUUACACUGUUUCGGAAACCAUUGCAUGUUAAAACAGUGACACGUCCAGUUAGCAAGCUGUAGAGCUAGCAAGCUAACUAGCUACUUUUAUUCCUGGUAUCACUGCUAGAAAAUGGAGCUACUGCCCAGCAAAACAGUGCUCACAGAUGCGUGUGCCUGGACAGAAAAUCCUCAGUUUAAUUAAUCAUUGUGGAUAUUUUCGUUGGAGUGGGAGACAUUUUGGCGACAUUGUCAUCGGGGAGUUUGACAGGAGCGAAAUACCCCCACAACUGUACUGUACUGGGUUUUCUUCUUUAAACCAAAGCAAGAUGGACUCUCAUUCGGCUUGUCUGUCUUGUCAGAGAUUAGAUCGACAUUUUGCACGGAGAUGAAAAUGUGUGCGUAGAGGUUGGAGCAUAUUAGGUCAUCGUCAUUGCAUGACAAAGGCUGUGGCAGAAUCAUCUUCAUCACUCAUACAGCAUUUCCAUAGUUUUUCUUCAGUGCGGUAGUACCAUGAAGGGUGGAGGAAGGGGUAAGGACCCACCUGUUGCAGGGGAGGUCACUGGCAAGCGUCCCAAACGCAAAUGCUUGCAGUGGCACCCACUUCUCUCCAAGAAGGCUUUGGAUUUCUCUGAGGAGGAAGAAGAAGAGGAUGAAGAGGAGCUGGAGAAGCAGCCGAUGCUGUGUGGCCAGGAGCAGGGGUCACAGUUGCAGUGUGGAACAACAGAAGUGGAGGAGGACUCAAAUGAACAGCGGGCACGGCGGCCAAUGAAUGCCUUCCUCCUCUUCUGCAAACGCCACCGUUCUCUAGUGCGGCAGGAACACCCUCGCCUGGACAACCGUGGGGCCACUAAGAUCUUGGCUGACUGGUGGGCUGUGCUGGAGCCCAAAGAAAAGCAGAAAUACACUGACAUGGCCAAGGAGUACAAGGACGCCUUUAUGAAGGCAAACCCGGGCUACAAGUGGUGUCCCACCACCAGCAAACCAGUUAAGAGCCCUUCCUGUCAGCCAGUCAGCAACCCCCGCAAAAAGGUUUGGUCCCUCUCUUCCAACUCAACCAAGGAUUCCACGUCUGCCAGAAAAGUGCCCAAAACUGACAGCAUGCCACAGUUAAACUUUGCUAUGGCAGAUCCUACAAAGAUGGGAGGCCUUAGCAUGCUCCUGUUAGCUGGGGAACAUGCUCUCACAAACAGAGAGAUCCCCUCCAGCACUAAACCUAGUUUACCUGACACACUCAGCGAAGUGAGGUCCUUUCCAGGGGAUGAGCAAGAGAUGUUGUCUGGGACAAUAGCGAACAGAGUGGCUGACAUUAUUGAAACCGGGGUUAAGUCUGCCCCCUCCCCACUGGCAGAGCAACAGUCGCAACAGCAAUGUCAAAUCCGAAGAGACGGAAGUGUGUCAGUGCGGCUGAGCAGAAUCAAGGCUGCUGUGAUCAAAGUGUCAUCUCUCUCGCCAGUACCUGAAGGAAAACCAUGUAGACAGUCCGCUCUCUUCCAGCUUGCUGAGAUGUGCUUAGCAUCUGAAGCUGGAAAAAUGGACACAGUGGAAUCUCAGCCUGAAGACAACUCCUCUUCAGCUUCUUUCCAGCCAACUUCUGUCAAGCUAGAGAUCAAGGAGGAAAAAGCAGACAAUGACGAAUGUCAUCCCUCUUCACCCUCAUCAACCCUCUUACCUUUGCUCUCCUCUGUCACCUCUACCUCCACUGAUGCCAUUCCCUCACAACUCAGCAGCCAAAAUACACGUGUCAAAAACAAAAGCAAGAAAAAAGAGGUGGCCAGGUCAAAUGAUCCUGAUGAGAUCCCUUGCUCAGCAAAGAUCAUCAAGAAGUUCAACCAUGAAGAAACAAACAUGGACAGUAUCUUCAGUACAAUUGAGGCAGUGGCCAAAGGGGCCUGGAAAGACACAGAAGAGAAGCCCCAAAAGAAGAUCCAAAGCGGUCUUAUUGUUGGAGACUCUGGUGUGCCCAAAAAAAAGAGUAAGCCCAAAGUCAGGACCUUUGUGAAAGAAAAAGGGAAGGAGAUAGAGGAUGACAGUGGGCAGUGUAGGCCGUGUAGUUCCUCUGAGAUGGAGAUGAAGGAAGAGGUGACUGAAAGUCCCAAGACAAAAGCAGAAGAAGCAAAUAUAGAAAGCACAGACCUUGAGUGCAGUUUGUCAGAGCCACAUCACUCCCCCAGCAGCCCCAGCCCCUCAUGUGCUAAGCUCAAAGAGGUGGACAAGGACAGGGAGAGGUCAGGUAAAGGGAGCUGUGUGCCCAACGCAGAGAACCGCGGCUCCAGGAAGUCAGAGCGAAGCUGUAAAGGCGCCUUGUAUAAAACCCUUGUUUCUGAGGGAAUGCUGACCUCACUGAGAGCCAAUAUUGACCGAGGUAAAAGAGGUGCUUUCCGUGCUUCUGAUCAUGAUGCAAACUGGAGUGAUGACAGCUGGGCAGUUGCUCAAAUGGGACCUAAUAACCCCAAGAAGUGGAAAAAGGCCAGGUCCAAAGACGAAUCUUCACAGGGACUAGGGAAACUGGAGGAGGAGUUUGAGAGGAAGUUUAACAGCUUGCCACAGUAUAGCCCACUGACAUUUGACAAGAAGGGCACCACUGUCACAAAGAAGAAGAAGACAGACAGCUCCACUGUCCAAGAGGACGUCUCCAAAGCUGGAAAAGGGCCAUCUCCAUCUCAGAAAAAGCCUUCAUUCCACAAGAUUGUUAGGAAGCACAAACACAAAAAGGAGAAACCAGGUGCAAUUGACAAAGUGGUACAGAAUGAUUCCAGCAUGCUGGAUUCAGCUUCAAAAGCCAAAUCAUGUGCCCCCGUUGCCAUAAUGUUCCCAGAUGUCCAGUGCACCACUAAUAUGGAGAUGCUAGUUGGUAGCCAGAAGAGGAAGGCUAGGAAGACCAAGAUCACACACUUGGUGCGCACAGCUGAUGGCAGUGUGUCUCCUGUUGAGGAGGACAAAACUAGGGACCUAAACCAGGAACAGGAUAAGAAGCCAUUAUCCCAACUGAAUUUAUGCAAUGAUAAAGGGUGCUACAGUAAUCCCAGAGCAGAAGAGGCACAGAAGAGUGCCGUACCACAAGAGCUACCUGCUUUCUUCAGCUUGGCAGCCCUCGCUGAGGUAGCAGCCAUGGAAAACGUUCACAGAGGCCAGAGAGGUUUGGCUGAGAGUCAGAAGAAAGAGCUUGCCCCGACUCCAGUCCUCAUCUCCUGUGCUGAUCAGUGAAACUCUGUUGCUGUUAUGAGAAGCUACAACAUGGAAGUUAGCAGUGGAGCUUUACUUCCCUCACAUAAAAGGGACACUUGGAUCAGGAAGUUUUGAACAGACUCCACCUUCUCCUUGUGAUGAAUUUGCUUGAGCUCGGGUUCAUGAACAAGGAAAGAGACACACUUCUUCUCCUUGCUCCUCACUCAGUGUUUUCCCUGAAGCCUUCCUUUAGUUUGAGGGAGAAUACCUUUUUUCACCUCCUCUUGCCCUCAUUACAUGCCCUGUUAGGGCCUGUGGAAGAACGAAGCUCUCCCCCAAUGCAUGGCUUCCUUUAUAGAGAUGGUUGUCAUCUGUUAAUUGUACAUGUCAAGUAGAGGCCAUUUUUAAGGUCCUAUGAUUUAAAAAAUAGUAUUUUAGGUCAGGACAAAAACCCAGCACUGCAUUAGUUUUAUAGACGAACACAGCUUUCUGUUACCUUUUUACCUCACACACACGCCUACUGAAGAGAUCCCUCCACCUCUGGUUAGAAUACCUCUGUAUUUGAAUAGUUCUUAACCCUUCCAUUCCUUCCAGCUUCAACCCAAAAUGACUUUAACCAGGGUAAAUUAUCAUGAUGGACAGAUUUCCAUUCCCAACCACUCGCUUAGUGUUUCCCUGUGGUACAUUACUCUGGUGUACUCGAACCACAAAGAAAUCAUGGCUGUGUAUUUGAUAUAUGUUAAGGUGAUGCUACUGUAAAACAGUAUGUGGUAGCUACAAAUAAUCAUGUUAGAAUGAAUAUGUAAGAGUAGAUGUGUGCAUACCCUUGAACUUCAGUUGACUUUAGCUGAGGGUGUUUGUUUGUCCUUCUUAUCCUGAAGUAGGUUCACAGUGUCACUCUCAGGCUUAUGAGGCAGUAGGUCAGCUUGAAAACUGCCUGCUAUAAUAGGGUGGUUUGUGCAAAGGUGAAAGCAAAUAAAGCCUUAACCCUUCACACCUAGACCUGCUUUGCAACCACAUAGCCCUCAACCAGCUUCUUGCUCAAUACCAUCACAGUCCUGAAGCCAGUGUAAACAUGUGUGGUUAGUGAAAUGCAGUUUUUGUCAAUACUUGAUCUUUUUACAUUUUGCGUAGGAAUUAGAAAGGUCAAUUCCUUGUGUGUAACUUAUUUUAUGGAAUAGGUGUUUAUUACGUAAACACUGCACUAAUUUGUAGCUGAAGUUUGAAUUGCUCCUAGAAGGGUAAUAAAAUGCUUUGUCUCCAGCAGUCACAGUGUUCUUGCACCAUAGCAUCUCAAUAGAGUGGUGUAGGGAUGAAAUAGUUUUGUAGGCCAGCACAGAAGUUAGCAUCGCCCUGGUUCCCUCGACAAAAAGCCUAAGGGAUUUGUGAAUUAGGUUUUGGAAUAUCACAGAGAAAUUUAACUCGGCGUGUUUUGCUCAGCAAGAUAAUCUUCACAGAUGAACAUCACUUUUAUAAUUUAAAGUGUUAACAAUGUAAUUUGUAGAGGUAAAAAGCUAAUGUUAGUGUAAGGAGGUGUGGAGGUGUAAUGUGAGGAGGUUCCCUCAAGGAAAUUGUGUGACAUGAAGCUUCAAUUUCCUUGAGGGAACCUCCCAAAAGGAUGAAUAAAGCUGUCUAAGUCUAAGUCUAAGUUAGGCUUUAAACAGACUAUGACCAUGACUUAAAUGUACCACCACUAAGUGUCUUACUACACAGUGACUAUACAGGUUUUCUGUAGAUUUGUCAAUCUUGUUUGUCUUUGUACAAAGUUGUAAAGUUUGAGUUAGACUAAUGUUCAACUGAAGUCUGCCUGUAAAGACGGACUUAGUAAGUAGAUAUUAGUAGAUACAUUUAAUGAUGUAUUUUAUGUCAUAGAAAAAAUGAGUGAAUAUCUUGAGCCUGUGGCAUUUAACCGAAAACCAUUACAAAAAACCUCAGACUAUGACACGAGGGAACCAGAUGUGCAAAAAUGCUAGCCAAUAUCCAGGUUUUAGGCCUCAUUACUACACCACUCUAUGAUGUUCUCUGGACAGCCACAAGCUCCUACAUAAAAGAUAUAGGGUUCUUUAAUUGAAAUUCAUUAUUUGUUUAAUCUCUCAUAAAAUUAACAGUUAAAAAAAUUAGUAAAUACUAUGUAGCUUUUCUCUGAUUACGUGCAGGAGCAAAAUAUCGAUUUUAAUGUGUCAAAUCAGAGCACACUGUUCCACUUGGAUCUAGUGGAGACAAGGCAUUUGACAAUAUUUCCCCAUUCUUUUCCCCAUCAGCCUUUUGAGAUUUUGCUGCCAAGUAAUGGUCUACGCAGAGGUUACAUAUAACCAGUGGGUUUUUGUGUCCUUAAUUUUUGGCUUUGUUUUUGUACGUUUCAUCAGAAUCAUUCCAUUUCCCGUCUCUGUCUUGGCCAUACAUUUAUUUACAGUUUAUCAGCUGUAGUUUGGAGGAAAAAUAAGGAUGGAUGUGGUAAAGUUGCAGCUUUGUUGUCUUCCUAAGGGUUUGUGGAACCUGGAAGAGCUGCCACAAGCUAAUGGAGGAAAACAGCUACACAGACUCCGUAGCAAUGCCCCUCACCUACUACUCAGCAGCUUUUGGUUCCUCUGUGUAGACCAGUACUUAAUUUAUAACAUUUUAGAUUCAGUCACAUCUGUAACAUUAUUAGCUCUUUUAUUUUUUAUUUGAUCAUUCUUCUGUUGAAUUGUAUGCAUUUAUGAUGUUCUUUUAACUAGGUCCCCUUUAUGAACUUCAAUAGCUUUCCUGAAGUCAAGUUUACUAGGUCAAGAAUGUUGUCUGACGAGAUCAAGCUCAUAUAGGAUUAAUCUGUGCUUACCUGCUAAGCAACCAGGCACUGAGAUUAAAAAUCCACCAUCUCUAGACAAUGAGCUUGCCUUUUCACCUCUAGAGAUGUGUAUUUGACUGAGACUGCAUCAAUUUUUCAUGGAUAUUUGUUCAGCUGUGUUUAGAAUGCUUUGGACAUCAUGACAGGACAGACAAAAAACAAAUGAAUGGAUCUUAGAGAACUCAUGUGUCUUGAAAUAUUAUUAUUAUUAUUAUUAUUAUUAUUAUUAUUAGUAGUAGUAGUAGUAGUAGUAGUAGUAGUAGUAGUAGUAGUAGUAAGGCGUUGUUACAUGGUAAUAAUAUUUGACUUAUGUAGGCCCCUGUGUGCAAAUAGUGUAGUUCAUGCAUCAAAUCUGUAAUUCCUCUCUAAAUUUGACCAAUCUGACAAACUAACUGCAAACGUUUCCCAAAUAACCUUAAGGGAACCACAGUAUGCUUUAUGAUAAUCCAAAUAAUAAACAGUAUAUAUUUUUUCAGAUAUUAGAAAAGUUACAUCAAGGAUGAGACUUUCCAGGCAGUAAACAGUGUAGUUCUUCCACUGAUUGAAAUCAGUGUAGUUCUUUGCAAAGAAGAAGAAAUUGUCUUCCCCCAAAAUAGUUUAUUUGCUAUAGAAACUAGGUUUAUUGAUAUUUGCCAAAGAGAAGGGAAGGGUAUACUUAAACAGAAAUCCUUUUUUUCUAAAAAAAAGAAAAAAAAAAAAAAAAGAAAGCUAGUCUAACAGUUGCACUGCAUUUUCUAGGUGUGUAAAUCUUCAGGUAAAAUAUCAGCACAAUUCAUCCUGAGUAUCAAAUGAAAUUUCCUUGCUUUUUGAGCCCAGAGUUGGAAUGAAGUACAACAAAAGGGCACCACUCUUUUAAUAUACAGUAUUUGCACCUUAUGACCCAAACCAAAAUGAGCAUGGGCUUUGAAGAAAAUAUAUAAUUUGUAUCCAGUCUAAUGAAAUUAUGCAUUUUAACUAUUAUAUAUGCGAGAAUCUACUCAAUAGCAAUUCCAUACAUCAAACAGCCAUAAUAUCCCCAUCCCUUCACUUUUUCUAUCUAGAAUAUGCUUCUAUAAAGUUGAAAUUCCUAUAUUAGUUAUCAAAAUGAACAUAAUACCCUUUUGUGCUAGUACUGUCUUCUUGAAUGUAAUCAUUUUGUACCUGUAUUUUUCUAAUUCAGUCUUGAUUGUACUGUAUGUAUGCUAUGAUGGUAUACUGUUCCUUAGGUGCAUAGUUCGCUAUAACCAACAGUUCUAAUGACAGUUUAGCUGCUGUGCUGCGAACUCAAUGGAAAUGUGUGGAGGUUUUUAGUCCAAAAGGAUUUGCUGUACCACAUGAGCAACCAUGAGACUGAUUACUGAAAGAUUCUUGCAUUUGAAGAGGUAUGACAUUAGCUUUCCCUGGUUUGCUAGUUGUUUAUUUCUUUGCAGUAAAAGUGAAAGUAUGUUCAGGACAGUCUAUAAAACAGGGACAGUUUAUAAUACAUUGUUCUUGCAAUCAGAUAGAACAUUUGAAUGCUUGAGUUUCAACUUAUUUAUUACUGUUCCUUUUUAUAGGUUUAGCAGAAUUAACACACUUAAACAUACAACUGAAUAUGCAUCCUUUUAUACACAAAGGUGUAUAAGAUUAUCUACCCUUUACUGGAAUGUAGAUCAUGUCUUUUUUUUUUUCUUUUUUGUGAAGAAGAGGUAAUGCCAGAUCUUUAAAGUAUCUUUCCUCUGAUAGUUUGUACAACAUGAGCAAAAUCUUAUUUAUGUUAUUGAUAAUCAUCUUGACAUGUGAUUUUUGAUUGUCACAGCCCAAUUAUUAAAUGCAGCCUUGCCUUACUGGAACCCCUGCUUAGUGAGGGAUCCCUCAGCCGCCCACCACCCUCCUUACUCAAACCCUACCAACAACUACCAAUGUCAUAACACUGUUUGCUGAUGCAACAAUUAUUCCUUUUUACACUUUUUGCUGAAAAAACUAUUACUUCUUGAACACCUAAACCUAAUUAAAAUAACAUCUGUUAUAUCUGUGUGAAAA